AUGCAAGUGAACGGCCUUUCCUGCAACAUUGCCAUAACCGGUGGAAGGUCAGUUUUCGGCAUCGAACUAGCGCUGCGUAACAUACUUAAAGAGCAUCCCAACCGAAGACCCCACAUUACCCUCUGGUCAGCCAGCGAAUACUUCACAAAAGGAAAUCGUGCCAACUUAUCAAAGCCUUGGUCGCUAACUGACCUUGAUCUCUAUGUUGCUCGGACCUAUCGACUGGAGGACUUGGGGCCGAAACAUCUGACUCUAGACGAACACUGCCAGCGGUACUCACAGAGGUUAAAGACUGAAUUUGACAGCGGACAUGCAAUCAACUGGAUCCUAUUGAGUAUGGGACCGGAUGGUGAGGUUGCGGGACACGGCAACUGCAGCGAAAACAACAACAAAAACACUAGUCCGGCGGAUCCAGUAUUCUGUUUGGAGGAAAUGCCACCGGCCAAUCAGCCUGGCAUGACUUUCAGUUGGACCACUAUAGCUCAAGCGCGCAAUAAAGUGGUAUUUGUCGUGGAUCAGACCGAAGCGCAUGCCGGGAAGAAGAUAGCCUUCUUUAACCGCGUCGUCCAGCCGUAUAUGGCACAUCCAGAGGAGAAAAGACAAAGUUUUGGCGAGUGGCUGGAGAGACGGGAGUCGGGCCCGGCAAUUCUGCACCUCCUAGACGCCCCCGUUGACUGUCCGCGCAUUAUAUUUUACAAAUCGUCAGCUAAACCCUGA